CAAUCCAUGUUUUUUUGUUUGUUUGUUUCUGCUUGAUUUUUUUAUUUUUAAAUAAUGCUCUUUGCUUUUACAUACCUAUUUUUGUGCAGUUUGCGAGUCUCUCAUUUGGUUGGUUGGAAGUACGCAGAUCCAAAAAUUCAAUACUUGGAUGAUGAGAUUGACUACAAGGAUCCCUGCAAAGCUGCUGCCUUUUUGGGAGACAUUGCCUUGGAUGAAGAAGAACUGCUCAUGUUUAAAGACACCCUCAAAACAGAAAGUGCUCAACUGAAUCAGACAGCUUCAGUUAACAUCUCCACUUCCAAUGAGAUAGUCAGAAGAAAGAGAGCAGCUGGUAAACAGCGCUACCGUCAGCAUAACAGCAGAAGGAGGGCAAGGAGGGUGAGGGCAGCCACCUCCAGAUCUGAACGGAUUUGGCCCGACGGCAUCAUACCGUACGCGAUCAGCAGUAAUUUCAGUGGUAAUCAGCGGGCCAUUUUCCGUCAGGCCAUGCGUCAUUGGGAGAAGAACACUUGUGUCAUAUUCACGGAGAGGACGACUGAAGAGAGCUACAUUGUUUUCACAUACAGACCUUGCGGGUGUUGUUCCUACGUGGGAAAGAGAGGCGGCGGUCCUCAGGCCAUCUCUAUAGGGAAAAACUGUGAUAAGUUUGGCAUUGUGGUGCAUGAACUCGGCCACGUGAUUGGUUUCUGGCAUGAACACACGAGGCCAGACCGUGACGAGCAUGUGAGCAUCAACAGAGACAACAUUCAACAAGGACAGGAGUACAACUUCCUGAAAAUGGAACCGGGCGAGGUUGACUCACUUGGUGAGGUGUACGACUUCGGCAGCAUCAUGCAUUACGCCAGGAAUACGUUCUCCAGAAGUGUUUUCUUGGACACGAUCUUGCCCCGUUAUGAUGUCAAUGGAGGCCGGCCCUCUAUUGGACAGAGGCUCAAGCUUAGCAAAGGGGACAUUGCGCAAGCACGCAAACUCUACAAAUGCCCAAGAUGUGGGGAGACUUUGCAAGACAGUGCUGGAAAUUUCUCCUCCCCUGAUUUUCCAAAUGGUUACUCUGCACACAUUCAUUGUGUAUGGAGGAUCUCUGUCACACGUGGAGAAAAGAUUGUUCUGAAUUUUACUUCCAUGGAUGUCUUCAAGAGUCACUUGUGCUGGUAUGACUACGUGGAGGUUCGAGACGGCUUCUGCAAAAAAGCCCCACUGAAAGGUCGUUUCUGUGGAGACACAGUCCGAGAUGCCAUUGUCUCAAGUGACAGUCAACUUUGGAUUGAAUUCAGGAGCAGCAGUAGCUGGGUGGGUCGAGGCUUCUCAGCCGUCUACGAAGCCGUCUGUGGUGGGGAUGUGGAGCGGGACAGCGGCCAGAUCCAGUCCCCCAAUUAUCCCGAUGACUACCACUCCAACAAAAUGUGUGUGUGGAAAGUCACAGUGGCAGAGGGUUAUGAAGUGGGUCUCUCCUUCCAGUCGUUUGAGCUCGAGAGUCAUGACAGCUGUGCCUAUGACUAUGUGGAAGUCAGGGACGGAGGCUCGUCACACAGCCCGCUGCUCGGACGCUUUUGCGGCUACGACAAACCAGAAAACAUCAAAAGCAGCACCAACCAGCUGUGGCUGAAUUUCGCCUCUGACGUCUCGGUCAACAAGGCCGGGUUCUCUGCCAGCUUCUUUAAAGAGCUGGACGAGUGCUCUCGACCUGAUAAUGGGGGUUGUGAGCAGUACUGUCUGAACACUCUAGGCAGCUACAGAUGUGCCUGUGAUCCUGGAUUUGUACUGGCCACAGACAGGUCCAGCUGUGAGACAGCAGCCUGUGGCGGCUUUAUCACCAAACUGAGCGGCUCCCUCGCCACCCCAGGGUGGCCUCAGGAAUACCCGCCCAACAAAAACUGUGUGUGGCAGCUAGUGGCACCCAUCCAGUACCGCAUCACUCUGGUGUUUGACGCAUUUGAGACAGAAGGCAACGACGUGUGCAAGUAUGAUUACGUGGAGGUGCGGAGUGGCACAAGCGCAGACUCAGAGCUUCACGGGAAGUUCUGCGGAGCGGAGAAACCGGAGGCCAUCGCCUCACUGCAAAACAACAUGAGGGUCGAGUUCAAGUCUGACAACACCGUCUCCAAAAGAGGAUUCAAGGCUCACUUCUUCUUUGAUAUAGACGAGUGCUCGCAAGAAAACGGCGGUUGCCAGCAUGCAUGUGUCAACACCAUGGGAAGCUACAGAUGUCAGUGCCACAGCGGCUUCAUGCUGCACGACAACAAGCAUGACUGCAAGGAAGCGGGCUGUGAUCUACUGGUAAAUGGCACGUCAGGCACAAUCAGCAGCCCCAACUGGCCUGAAAAGUACCCCAGUAAGAAGGCCUGCACAUGGACUCUGUCCACCACUCCAGGCCAUCGGAUCAAACUUGUCUUCAAUGAGAUCGACAUGGAGGCUCAUCUGGAGUGUGCUUACGACCGUUUGGAACUCUUCGAUGGGACCGAUGUCCGUGCCCCAAGUCUGGGUCGCGUCUGUGGUACCAAGAAGCCUUCUCCCGUCAUCUCCAGUGACAACGCAAUGUUUUUACAUUUCUUCUCGGACAACUCAGUGCAGAAGAGAGGCUUUAAGGCCUCAUAUGCAGCAGAAUGCGGAGGAAGCCUUAGCGCCGAGGUCACGACGAAAGAUUUGUACUCUCAUGCACAGUUUGGAGACAACAACUACCCCGCAGGCUCCGACUGUUUGUGGGUAAUCUCUGCUGAGAAGGGCUACGGAGUGGCGCUCCUCUUUCAAGUGUUUGACAUCGAGGAGGAGCCCGACUGCGGGUACGAUUAUGUCGAGCUUUACGACGGAGCUGACAUCAAGUCCCCGAGGCUGGGACGAUUCUGCGGAUGGGGGGCUCCAGAGGAGAUCUAUUCAGCCGGAGAUGCCCUGGUGUUAUUAUUUCACUCGGAUGACAGCAUCGGUAAAAAAGGUUUCCAUGUGCACUACACAAGCACAAAGUUCCAGGAUACGCUACACGUGAGCAAGUGACUCUAAAAAAUGAACCUAAAUGCAGACUUGAAGCCAAACAUUCUCUACCACACCCAUUCCAGCGAGGAGCAGACGAGUGGAUUCAUAUCAUAAACCCACAAAUGUACCACUCACAUUUUGUUUGAGUGAAGCCAAGCAGACAAAUUACAUAUUUACUGUGUUACAGCUUUGGAUGAACACUAAGGACUAGUUUUCAAUAAUGAUUUGGGGUUUUCUUUUGCCUCAUGCAGCCUGUAAUGAACUUUGGUAGCUUGGUGAGAAUUUAAAAAGCACAUAAGGUAUUUUUGCACAAGCUAAUGAGAUCCAGUACAAGAGCUGCAGUAUAUUAUCCUGGUAACUAAUAUGACAAAGAAACCUCUCUGAUCGAUGCAGGGCAAUAUUGCAGUAACCAUUGUCAGAUGUUAUGGAUUGCAUUGGAUUGCAUAAGAUUUUGCAGAAGUACUUAAUGUAGUGUCAGUCUGAGGUCACGUGAUCAUUGUUAAUGCAGUUCAGUUGUAUAGAAAGUUUUUGCACAUAGUCUUUAUGAGUUUGUUGGGGGUGGAGGACAGUGUUAGUAGCACAUCUGCUUUACUUGCAAUGCACGAAAAUGAUAUUGUCUCCAAUGUACAAAUAACACACAAGCUGUUAACCUGUAUAUGGAUAUCAAUCAAAAUAUACAGGUGCAUUUCAGUAAAUUGGUAGAAAAGUUUAUUUACUUUGCUGGAGUGAAACUCGUGUAUUAGUAUAUCAUGAAACGUAGGAAAAUACUUUGGAGAAAGCCAAUUCUUAACUAAUUUCUAUACAUUAAAGAAAUGUUUGAUUGUUUUUUUAUGUAAUAUUCAAAUUUCUUGAGAUGGUCAAUUUUGGGUUUUCCUCACCUGCAAUCAAAUCUAAAUGUAAUAAUCAAAAUAACAAUAAUACAAAAAAAGAAUCGCAUUAAAUAUUUCACUCAGUGUGUAGCGAAUCUAUAUAUGAGUUUCACUUCUUGAAUUAAACUACUGAAAUAAAUUAAGUUUUCCACUAAUUUAUGGAUUUAAAGACAAGUAACCCUAGAGGAUAACACCUUUAUUC